AAUGGUAGAUUCCUUGCUGGCCUUGUUCCAUGAAAAUGGACAAGGGCAAACUGAGACUCUCGUAUUCAUUGGUAUCACUGGCCUAGACAUGGCAAGACUACUAAGACUGAAUUUUAGGGGCUUCCUGGCCACGCAGAUCAGAAUGUCAUCCGACCAGCUGGGUGAGCUGGGUAAAGGAGCUGGAAAGGGCGGAGGGGGUGGGGGAUCUGUGAGAGAGGCGGGCGGAGCCUUCGGAAAGAAGCAGGCAGCCGAGGAGGAGCGCUACUUCAGGAUGAAGGAGAAGGAGCAGUUGGCUGCCCUCAAGCAGCACCACCAGGAAGAGAUCGACCACCACAAGAAGGAGAUCGAGCGAAUGCAGAGAGAGAUCGACAGGCACGUGGGAAAGAUCCGGAAGCUCAAGCACGAUGACUGACAUCUCUAGGCAGAUACCCCAUUCCUCCCACCCCCUGCCCAACCCCCCUUCCCCACCCUCUGCACGACCACAAAAAAAGAUGUCUGACAAAUCAAAUCUGAGAUUCCAAAGCCGGACCUGACUCGGUGAAACCUGCACAGUUUUCAUUGUUACUCGUCUCAUUUGUGAUUUGUGACUGUACACACUCGAGUCAGACAAUAAAAUACACCUGUUAUUUUCCAAAAAUUAAGUUUUCAUUUCCUUUUUUUGGUGAUAUUUUUUCAGUGCAUAUUAAAUACUUUGCCAUUCAGCCUCAUUCAGAAAUGUUUCCAGUUGCACAAACUGAAGAACGGGUAAAUGCUGGUAUCUUGGUGAACAUAAACCUGCAAGCGACAAUCUUCCAUUUUGUGGCCCAUUCUUUUUCAUGUUAAAACACGUAGACAAGUGUGCUUUAAGCUUCUCCGGCUUUAGUGGGUAGUGCGAAAACUUACGUUUCAGAAAUCUCCGAAAAUGUUUUUGUUCCACCAGAAUAUUCCUGCUUUUAUAGUUGAUGUUUUACUUUGCUGACUUUAGAAUGCUGAUAUAUUUUUUGUAUGUGCUUUGUAUAAAGAGCUUUGACCAAUUGUGAGAAAAAGCUAUACAAAUAAAGUUAUUAAUAUUAAGCCAA